AUGGGCGACCCCCAGAAAUCAGAUCGUCCGACCACCCGCAAUGCAGCUGCCGGUGCGUCGGCGGCGAAGUCGUCCGAACGUGCUGCACCCAAUGCGUUGACUAUCGCAUCCCCUCCUGGCUCCCGAACUCCCCCUAGUAUGCCCUCGAAGAAGACGCUCUUCUACCCCGAACCGCAGGGGAGACGUCAGAAGAGUGAAACCACCUCCGAUCCCAUCGACCCGGGUGCGCUGGCGAAGGCCUUGAAGGAGUAUGAGGAUGCUGGAAAUCCCCGCGAGAGAACACCUGGAACCAGCCCCAGCCGGAAGAGACAGCGGGUGUAUGGUGAUAGAUUCAUUCCUAAUCGUGAAGGGCAAGACCUUCAAGCAACCUACAGUCUGCUUCACGAGGAUGGCUGCCCUUCCACCCCAUCCAAGUCAAAAAGACGCGCCCCACACUCAGAGCUUCAUUUCCAGAAGACGGAGGAAGCAAACCGCAUGUAUUCACGGGUGUUGCGAAGUGAACUGUUUGGCAACACGGUUCCCCAGGCCGACUUAGACUCCUUGUCACCAGACCCGCUGAUGGGAAUUGGCCAUGGGAUUAACGACAAGACCCGCUCCCAUACGCCCCCGUCACACGUAGUAUCGAAUAUACCUCCAUCGAGCAUAACACCCUCCACCCCUCACAAGAACCUGUUCAACUAUGCCUCUCCCCGCGCUGGCUCAGCCCAUCCUACACCAUCCAAGACUCCGCGGAGCCAGCACGGUCCGAACCUCAAUGUCCGAUCGGAACUCUACAGUCUAUCGCCGAUCCGUCUCGAUAGCCAACGCAUACUGGAGACCCCGCGUAAACAGCCUCGCUAUGUGAACAAGGUUCCUUACAAGGUCCUUGACGCACCUGACCUGCAGGAUGAUUUCUACCUGAAUCUAGUUGAUUGGGGCAGCAGUAACGUUCUCGGUGUUGGGCUCGGAAACUCAGUCUACAUGUGGAACUCCCAGACGGGCCGAGUGACAAAACUUUGCGAGCUUCGAGACGAUAAUGUCACGAGCGUCAGCUGGAUACAGAGGGGCACGCAUCUCGCAAUAGGCACGGGGAAGGGUCUGGUGCAGAUCUGGGACGCCGAGCGCUGCCGCCGCCUACGUACGAUGAUCGGACAUACCAAUCGCGUGGGUGCGUUGGCCUGGAAUGAUCAUAUUCUGACAUCCGGCUCUCGAGAUCGUUUGAUAUUUCACCGUGAUGUCCGCUCCCCGGAUCAAUACCUACGUCGCUUGUCUGGCCAUAAGCAAGAGGUUUGCGGUCUCCGCUGGAAUACAGAGGAUGGUCAGUUGGCCUCUGGUGGAAACGACAACAAACUGCUGGUGUGGGAUAAGCUGAACGAAACUCCCCUCUAUCGCUUUUCCGAUCACACUGCCGCCGUCAAGGCGAUCGCUUGGUCACCCCACCAGCAUCAUCUUCUUGCGUCCGGUGGCGGUACGGCCGAUCGAACCAUCAAGUUCUGGAACACGUCGACAGGGUCUUUGAUCAAGGAGGUCGACACCGGCAGUCAAGUCUGUAACUUGGCGUGGUCGAAGAACUCCGAUGAAAUUAUCAGCACCCACGGCUACAGCCAGAAUCAAAUUGUCAUCUGGAAGUAUCCACGCAUGGAGCAGAUUGUGUCCCUGACUGGACACACCUUCCGCGUGCUUUACCUGGCAAUGAGCCCCGAUGGCCAAACCGUGGUGACUGGCGCCGGCGACGAGACCCUUCGAUUCUGGAAGAUCUUCAACAAAAGACCCGGACGAGAACAUGGACGCGAGGGUAGCAAGCUCGCAGAAUGGGGCACCAUUCGGUGA